UGUCUGUGAGUGUAUGUGUUUGUGUGGUAUGUUAAGGGAGGGAGGGGUCUGGUUUUAUUCAAUUAUGGGACUCUUUUUACCUAAAUCAAGGAAGGAAGUUGUCUCAAGUGUUGACUGGCAGUCUGGCAGAGUGCGGUGAGACUGGAAACAAUAGUUUAUGCAUUCAAAUAACAAAAGUAUCCUAAACAUCCUGUACAAUCACAAAUGAAGGAGAAACAGCAGCUGGAUCAGACUUGUAACAAAAAAAAGGCCUACAGAGGAAGUAAUUCCAUGGUUUGCACACCUUUUGUAAACCCUUUUUGCUUUAUGAGUACCUUAACUCAUCAUAUGCUGGUUCUUUUUUGGCUGAUACUUCUGAUUGUUAGGUUUUGAAUAUGAUCUUUUUUAUUCAACUUUAAAUGAAACACAUUGACACUAUAAAACAGUCUAAAUAAAUACAUUUUUACAAAUGUAAUUGAGCAUUUUACAAUAAGAUCAGCUCUUGACUAACCGUAACACUUUAUUUACAGAGAUCCAACACAAGAUCACGAUAAGAGAGCAUAAGUGAACUGAUAACAGGUGGCAACUAAGGAAGAACUUCAUUUUAUCAGGCAGAGAUCUUGGGAAGAACCAGACAUGUGAUGAACAGCCGUCUGUCAUGUGUGGAUGGGCAGUGGAGGUGAAAUAGGCCUACAGGGAAAUACACCAGAGACUAUUUGCUCACGUGCAACAUUUUCCCUCGUCAUUUAAAGGACUAAACUUCCAGUUCGAAGGUAAGAAAACACUUACUAAACGGUCAACGUUGGGCACAUUUUGCCUAACAAGGCUAGAAACAUAAUUGCAGAGUCUGCAGGUAAACAAUGUCGAAUUAGCUAACCCGAUGUGGCUAACGUUAGCAGAGCUAGCAUCACUGACACACAACCAUUGUUAGUUAAUGUCUAUGCUAGUUAUUCAUUUCUUCGGUCCAGUCAAAGAUUUAACCAGAUAAGGCCUUCUAACAACUUUGUCUCCAUAUUCUAGGUGGAAAUAUAGACAAAUUGUGUUUUUAACCAACAAGUAAUUUUCAUGCUAACUCAUGAGAUUAAAGCCAUAAUUCGCAGAGAUACACUAAUAUAGCAAAGGUAUGUGUGAUAUUAGCAAGACAUUAAUACUACUACUACUAAUAAUAAUAAUAAUAAUAAUAAUAUUAAUAAGGUAGAGGAGGCUUAUGGCAGUUAGCUUUAACUCAAAUACUUAAAACACAUCUUUGUAUCAGUAUUUGAAUAUUCUUCCACCAUUGCUUUCAGCAUCCUACAUUACAGUCUGGUUUCUUUAUCAGUAAAAGCGCUGGUGGAAGAAAUAAUAAGAUCUGCUCUAAGGGUAAAAAGUACUUGUAUUACAGCACUGCAGUGGUUCAUUUAAGUACACAAGGUUACUAGAUUGUUUCCACUGAUGCAGUUUGUGAUUCUCUUCAGCUUGGAAAUGAGGCUUUUCACUGUUGGGACUUAAAUUUAAGCAUGUAUCCUAUUUCAUAACUUGAUUGUAAGUAGUGAAGCUAAAAUGCGUAACCUUAAAGUAAACUGGUAUUUCUAUAACAUCAGUAAAAGUACCUCAGUACUCAAGUAAAAGUACUAGGUUAUCCAAUCACUAAAUAGUUACCAGGGAUUCAUGGCUUGACCUCGUGUUUGUGCGUGCUCACCAACAGAUCUAUUGUGAAAUAUGAACAAUGGUUAUAAUAAAACAAAAAAAGUGCAGCAUUUGAUCUAAAAAAAGAAGCAUAAGGAGGGAAGAAAAAGCUAAAUGAAAGCAAACAUCUUGAAUUGGUCGAGAACCAGAUGGCCUCUUUGACAUUAAGAAGCUGCUUUGGCAUUUUAAGAAGGCCGUCCCAGAAUGAUUUCCGAGGAACUUCCGCCAGCGCGCUACAAAGCCCACAGAUAUUUAAGCAAUAUCCAUAGCAAUUUACUGUUUUAUUUACAAACUGAAACAUAUGUUUGCAGCCCCCCUCUCCUCUUCCUUCUCCUCCUAUUACCACACUGAGUUACCGCUGCAGGAUUUCUCCCACACUCUGCGUUUUUACUCUUCUCUCUUCCCCCCUUUUCCUCUGCAUUUAUCUGUCUUUAACAUCUCCUCCCAUCAUACAACAGUCAGUCAGGCAGACUCUCCCUGCAGCCCUACCUUUACACACAUCUAUUGUGUUUUUUUUUUCAUCCUCUGCUGUCUCUUGCAUUUCAGUGUGCUAUGUUGUCUGUGCCUGUGGGACCACUGCAAGCUCGCAUCUGAAACAUUUUAGAGAGACACAUAUUUGCUGUUUUAGAGCACAAAGGGAUACGCCAUGGCAGAGGCCUUUUGAAGUGGCUUCACAGGGGGAACCAGAACCAGAGCGAGGGAUUUGAGGAACCAUGAAGGAACGUAAGCGCAAUGUAACUUUUGCUAAAUUCAUCUAAUCUAAUGGAAGUGGGGAUUGAUUCAAUGUGAAGGCGUAGCCCUUUGAAGCUGGCUCUGACCAUGUUUCUAAUGCAAUAGCUCUGCUGGAGGAAUACAACAUUCCUCUCUACCUUACAGACAGACAGAGCUUCACUGUACAUUUGGGGCGAGAGGAUGCGUGAUAAGGCCCAAUCCUGGAGAUCCCAAUUUGACACUGCUUCCAGUGACCAGUAUUUGAUUUGUGAAUCUGCAGAUGGCACUGUUUCAGUUCCUGACAGGCACUCAAUCUGAGGAUGUGAUAUUCGCAGUGAUUUUUGUCCUGAGUUGAUUGGGGUGAUGUUGCUUUUCCAGACAAGAGCCGUGCUGUUGGAGUCUGAAAUGUGUUUCGUGGACCUUUUAUUAGAAACAAACAGAAAAAAACAAGACGUGGCUCAAAGUUUCUUGGCAUCUUGUUUUUUUUUGUGUGCGUUUUCUAUCCUUUUAAAUCUAUGUCUACUUUUAAAACAACUGUCAUCUCAUACUGUGGCAAUCUAGUUGAAUAAAUGAAUCUUCAAUGUGGUCAUCUGUCUAUAUAAUACAGCCCCGACUAUCACACUAACACUGCACCCUACAUAUACUUUCAAAUAGCAUGCAGAAAUUGUCUGUUUGUCCUUGGUCUUUGAUUAAUCUAUAGUUUGUGUUUUAUCAUCCUGUCAGACCUUAAUCUUUUACUUCCCUUGAUUAUCAACAUUCAGAUGUUCAAGUUUUGUCUAAAGUCUGUCCUGUAAGCACUUCAGAUGGUCAUACCACACCAUCAGGUCCUGACUGCUGACUCACUCAGUCUUAGUGUUUCCAAAGAAAGUGAAGUAAACACAUUGAGAAGCUGACACAGGAGUGAGCAUGACUUUUAUGCGCUAAUUGGCUAAAUAUAGAGCUCAGUCGUGUCAGCGUCUGGCUGCUUGCUUCAUAAAAAUCAGCAGUGUUAUCAAAUAAAUAUGAAGGGGUUUUUUUUGUUUAAUGACUUUGAUAGAGGAAAUUCUUGCUUGGUCAAGUGCAGAUUGCUGUUCAAGUAUUAAAAAAAGACACAAACUUUUCGGUUUCAAGGUUGUGACUGAUGAUCAAACCACAUUCCAACGUACAGCUACAAUAUUACCAAAAGAAAAGCAACUAAAUUUGCUCCUGUGACUGGACUACGAUGUUCUUACUUAAGAGCCCCGACUAGAGUACUACAGUAACAUUGAAUUAAAUCAAUUCAGCUGUAAAAUGUGCAGGUUUGAUCAUUCUUUCCUGAACACUCCAGAAUAGACCAUAUGAGUCUUCAUCAGACCUAACCUGCUGCUGAGCGUACUCCAGCCCAGCAGGCUGUAUCCCCGGCUCAGCUGUGAGCUCCACUGGGACUGUUUGUAAUGUGCCAUGGAUGAACCCCAGCACUUAAACACUGUAAUCAGAGCCAGAGCAGGAUAUUGGCUAAAUUACACUUGAAAGCAGGAACAUUUGAAGGAAGCUUGAGCACUAAAUAUUAUGAUAAAUUAUGCUCUAAUACUAGAAGAUAAGUCACAGUUAAAGAAGAAUAAUAGAGGCUCGCACGCAGCAGGGGACGGGGGAGAUUUAGAAGCUGGGUUGCACUUUUAUUCUUGAAAACACUUAUGUUUAUGGUACCAAAAAAGCAUCUACUAUAUCUCACCUCAGUAUUCAUUAAGUUUUUCUGCAGAUUUUCGUCAUAUUAUAUGAUCAUGAGCACAUGGAGUUUAAAGUUUUGUUGAGGUAUGUUUAUAUGGCAUAUUUAAAGCACUUAAAUCAAGUCAAGAUGGAAACAGUCAAGAGUUUAUCAGUUAUCAGAGUUUACGCACACAUCAAAUUCAUCACAAGUGUUUGGAUAUGCUUUGAUUGGAUUUGACUUACAGUGGCCUGAACAAAAUGAGCAAAAAAUGAACAAUUCACACACAUCUACAUAUAAGUCUGUGAUUGGUGUUUCUCUUUACUUUCUCUUAUACCAGCAGUGAGAGGAUCUCAGAAAACAAACAACACCGAGUGAUACUUCUCUUUGAAAUAACCAGAAAGUGCUCAUACUAUCACAGGUGUGGUUACAAGUAUUGUACGUGCAAGUUGCAUUGUUGUGGUCAAAAAGAUGCACCAAUUUGAACCUGUUCAUGAUCUAAAAAAAGCAAACAAGACCAUCAGUGAACGGCGACGUGUCUCUUUAUUGAAGUCCUUCGUGCCACAGGGUAGGUGCUAGACAGGACAAGUUAAAGCGCUGCCUUUUUUCCUGCAGCAAAUAUUUAUGAUUAGAGACAUUUGGGUUUAAAAAGAAGGAAGGGCUAUGUUUUCUCAGAUAAAUGAAUAGAAAAAGUUUGCGCUACUACAACAAAGAUCAGCACAGAGAUAUACACAGCUUAUCCACAGGAGGGCUGACACCAACACAAAGUAAAAGUUUCUUCCUCUAAACUGAAAAAAUUAAACAUGUAAGAUACAAAAAAGUGUUUCACAGUCAGCUUUAACUGUUUUAGCAUCUUUGAACAGAGCCGUGCUGUUUACCUUCUUUUCAGUCGUAAGUUAAGUGAGCUAGCGGCUGAUUCCAGCUUUAUAUUUCAUGGCCAUACAGAGUGCUAUCUUUCCAAUCAUCUAAGACCUGGCAAUGAAGUCUUUAUAAGUAUCUUCCUGUUCCUUGAGUUCAUCUGGUUGUUGGCAAGAAAAGCAGACCAAAGCACAGAGCAAAAAGUAUGAUGUGAGUUUUUGUUUUUUUGUUCCGAUCUAAUCAGAAAUUUAUUAUGCAUUGAAAAUUGUUCAGCAUUAACACCCUCUCUCUUUAUAUCUUUUCAAGAUCCCCCUUCACCACCAUCCCCCCCACAUACUAUGCACCUUCACCCCUCCUGCUCACCACCCCGCUCCUCCAGAACCCCUCUAAGUGGAUACCCCACAGGAAGGGCUUCUCCAGGGGGGAAAUGGGUCCCAGAUGUCUGCCUUUGUGCCACUAUAGGCUCCUCAGGAGGGAUGGAGCCAUGGAUGGGUGGUGGAUAUGUGCAGGCGGUGUAGUGUGCUGUGUCCAAACAUCAAUAACAGCCGUGAGGAGGGUGAGGAAACUCCAGGGGUGAAGGUGAGGAGGAAUUGAAUGAUUAGUUCCUUUUGUCCAGCCAGCGCAGAUUUCCAAACACAUCACUUACGAUCGGUCACACCGCUGCACUCCUACCAGGCGACGACAUCACUGCCGCACUCUGACCUUUAUGUGCGUGACAGUAAUUAAAUUGACUGCAUUUUGAACCUAAAGAAACUGUUUUGCUUUUUUGCCCUUUGGAGAACUUCAAUGUUUCAACAUGCUCCUCAGUGCAGUUUAGGACUGAACCAUAUGUUGUACGUUGGAGAGACAGAAACAGACAAUACAUCAGCUCUCUUUGAUAUCAACCCCCUUCCCCUUCCCCAACACCACCACAGGUAUGUACUGUAUGCCAAUAUAUGCUGAUAUAUAUAUAAAUUGAUAUGUGUAUGAUCUAUUUUCUACUCCAGAAAGAGUUAAUAAUGAACCCCCACGGAAAUAAAACGAAGAUGAGAGCAGGGCCUGAGUGUUUAGUGAAACAUUAUGUCAAGACUCUGACAAGGAAAUGAAAUGUGCAACAUCAAUCAGCCUAUGAGGACAGAGAUCAAACGAGCCUCCACACUCCUGCAUCUGGUUCUGUUUGGACAGCCUCACUUUUUUCUUCUCCCUCUCCUUUCUUCCUCUUUUCUUAUUCUUCUCUCAUUCUCUCUCUUUCCUCUUUCCUUCUGUUCUUCUAAGCGCCAUGACAUUCCUGCAGGCCUACUCGCUUUGUUAGCUCAUUUUUUCCAUGAUGGUGGCGUGACGCCACACUUUCACUAAAGGUAAGUGGCAGCAAGCAAGAUUAGCCUGUGUAACAAUGACUUUCCCGUCCCAUCCGCUGUUUUUGCCAGAGUUCCCAAUAAGCCCCAAUCAAACACAGGCUAGUCCCAGCACUUACUAACCCUGUUACGUACAUAGAAUUUGUAUGAUUCGUUGUCUUUGUCCAUGGCCUUGCUUGCCUUCUUGGAUGGCCAGAUGACUUUUUUUUCAUCCAAGUUGAUUGAACCCAACUGGGAUCAAGCUACUUUCCGCUCAGCGUUCCUCUCUGAAUGAAAUGUAAACCAGCGCAAUCAUGAGGCUCAUCAGAGAUCUUCUGAACUGCUCUACGCUCAGACGCUCCUUCAAACGCAGUGGCAAUCACGCCGAAAUUAUUGGCUAGAAGUUGUCAAGCAGCGUGUCAAGAAUGAUUCGAGGUCUAGUUACAACCUAAGACUCUUCUGUUACCAAAUAUUACAGGUUUUGGAUUGUCUUGUUCGUGUGUCUUAAAGUAACAUCUUUGGAAAGUUCUGGAAACAUGAAAGAUUCAAGGAAUCUUGUAAAAGGAAUAUUUGGAGGUGUUGAAAUGUAAAGGCUACCAUUAAGUAUGCUGUCAUCAAAAAGCACCAGAUUUCUGCAGCUUAGAGCAGCGGAAAACUCCCCAAAAAGACUUCUCCUCAGUGAUCCACACAUGACUCACUCAUGUCAUGACGCAUGAUGGCACAACAGCCGAAUGUUGGGAAACACAGUCAAUUUAUGAGGUACAUUUGCGCAAUAUUUAGUAAGAAUUAGAUUGUCAAAGGAGGUUCUACCUUUUGUUAGGAUAAACACAAGCUUGAGCUGUGCCUCAUUUCCUUGAGAAGACCUGUCUGCUGUGUCAUGACUGCCAGCGUGUAGAUAGCAUGUUUAAGUAGCUGCAGAGGCACAUGGGUUCCCAGUGUGGAGGUGGAACAUGUGUUGGUGCAGCCCCGAGGCCGUGCGAAGCACAAUUAGGUGCGCUCCCACCUCUGCAGACUGAGGUCACUGGGCGACCGAGGUCAGAGGUUAUUCAGGGUCCUGUCUGUGCUCCCUGCUCAACUUGGAUUCUACGACUUAGACAUCUGACGUCAGCAAUGGUUCUGGUGCUUUCUAUUUUCUAACUUUUAAAAAGCAACAUGUCAAGUGUUGGAAGAGCAUCCUUAGAGGUUUUACAGUCUCAGCGUACAUCAGGGUCGACAGAAACUAUUAUGUGCCACAAAUACAGAUAAUCUCAUGAAAUCAUUUCCAGUAUUCGUGCUUGCACAACCUCAUAUUUUCUUUGGGAUUGACUUAAAGCUGUUGUAGCCAGACUGAUUUAUAAAAGACCCAUUUUUUUGGAAUUUAGGAAAAAUAUGUAAUUUAUGCCAGAUUUUUUUUUAAUACUAAAUCCCCUUUUGUGUUUUGUUCAGCGAAAUGCCUAUUAACUUAUUCCAUGGGUUGACCAGAAUUUAUAGUGACUCUGUAUUAGUGUAAUACAAACCGUAGCAGACAAAUGCAAGCAUGGACUUGUACUUGUUCUCACAGGUUAGGGAGAUAAUAAACAGGGUUCUCAUGUUGUAGACUAAUAGCUUUAGCAUAAAGAAACUUGAAAAUAUUCAGUUUGAAUGUUUACAUACAGAGAAAUGGGAAGUUUGAAUCAAUUUCCGCUCCAUUGAUGAUUUGAUGAAGCUGAGUUCAGACACAAGUGUGCAUGCGGACUGACGCUCCAGCCCCAAAUCUGGAACCCAUAAAGCCUCAGACAUCUCUGCAACAUUAGACACAGCUCUUCUUAUUGGCCGAGAAAGCCACUUACCCCCUUCUUCCACUGCCCGCCCAGUACUUCCUGCUUCUCUGUCUGGCUCAAGCGGAACCACGCCUUCUGGAAGUUCGCUGAGCCAAAGAGAACUGCCCGCAGGCCCCGGGUUAGAGUUUGGGGUAUAAAAGAGGCGGAGGAGGACCUGCCUGUCAGAUGGUUUGUUGUUGUUCUGUCUGCCAGGUCGAGAGGGGGAAUGUAAAAGUGAGAAGUUUUACAAGGUGACCAGGAAACAGGACAGGCAGAGCGCUAUCCAGUCUGAUGGAACUUUAGAAGCUGUAAAUCCCGGUGGACAAGACUUUUCUUACACGAGGCUGUCAAGUUCAGUUGUUGAGUAACGCAGCAUCUUAGCAGUGGAGGUGACAAGGUUGUUGGUGGACUGUACAAUGAGAGAAGAGGUGUCCUGCACCAACUCUCCAGAAGGAGGUCUUGGGGCAAGCGAAGAGGAACUGGAAAGAGGAUCAAAGAAGAGCCACCAACAAGGAAAUCGAAAGCGUUCACCGUACCCCAAGAAGGAAAACCUCAGUCAGGCGGAGGAAAGCAGCACCGGCAGCCCAAACAGUCUGCUUCCAUCCGGGCCGAAGAGGUUAAAGAAAAGUCCUUCAACAGUAGUGUCAUUGGCUCCCGCAUCUCUGGGACCCCGGCUAGACCAGCCUUUCGAAGACCUCCACUCCCAGCGAGUCAUUGCCAACGUGCGGGAGCGACAACGCACUCAGUCCCUGAAUGACGCCUUCGCCUCUUUACGCAAGAUCAUCCCGACGCUUCCUUCGGACAAGCUGAGCAAGAUCCAGAUCCUGAAGCUGGCCUCACGCUACAUUGACUUCCUGUACCAGGUGCUGCAGAGCGACGAGAUGGACGCCAAGCUGGCCAGCUGCAACUACCUGGCCCACGAAAGACUGAGCUAUGCCUUCUCUGUGUGGAGGAUGGAGGGGGCCUGGGCCAUGUCUGCGAGCCACUAGGAUCCCUUCAAUCCUCUCUCUUAAACCCUCUCGUGUCCAUAUCUUCACCCUAACACCUCUGUCUGUUUGCACUCAUCAACUGACCUCUGAACCUCUACCCUUUCGCUCUCUACCCUUUUAUAUCUAGUUUCCAACCCUGAGUCCUUGUGCUCCAUUACGCUUUGUUCCACCUCUGCUACCUGCCCCUCUCUGUUGUUUUCACUGCUCAACCUUGUCUGUCCUUCAGUUUAGUCCAGAGCAACCAGACGCUCCACCGCAGCCCAUCAGGUAUGAAUGAAAUAAAUACACAAUUCGAUUCAAACCUAUACUAAUAAUUGAGUUUCAACACAUGUCUGGGCAGAUAAAGAAAUAAUAAAAACAAACCCGUGAAUAUGCACACACAUUAAUAUUCACCAUAUCAUCAGCACAUGGACAUGGAUACACACGUGUAAGAGGUUUUGAUUUUUUUCUGUGUGAGAAAGUGAGUGAUCGAGAACAGUAUUUUUAACCAAACAGGAAACUGACAAAAGGCAAAAGCUCAAAUAGUAUCUGCAUAUCUGUGCAGGGAACUUAUCCAAAAAUCUUUUAACGUAUUCUCUUUAAAUAAAAGAAAGAAAAAGAUGAAUUCAUUGUUAAGUUGCGCUAACUUCUCAAUUUUAAAUGCAGAAAAUUCUGAAAAAAGGUUUCCACUGAGGAUUACAAUACAGAUACAUGCAGAACAUCUGCAUACCACAUUCAUUAGACGUUGCAGGAACAGGCACAUUAGUGAACCAAUAACAGAACCACUCAAGUGUUUUAAACCCUUGAAAUGUGUAACAUUUUUUGUACCAAUACAUGCGGGAUGGGUCUUUACACAUUAAAUGUGUCAUAGCUGUAGGUUGAGUUUGGAUAUUCAUGAUUCCCAUGGCUGGAGUUCAUGUACUGUGAUUUGUAGAAAAAAAAUUGAAAUAUAUUAAAAAAUUAUAGAAAACUGUUAAACACUUGGGAAAAACAUAAAACAUUAUUAUCCACCCAACCCAAAAUGCUGUUAUGUGAAUGUUUUGUUUAGAUUUGGAUUGACUCUUAGAAAACUGCCUCCAUACUUUUUAAACAUUUUAAUUUUUUUUUCUGGAGUGGAAUAUUAAUUGUUACCUGAUUUUGGGUCACAUAAAACUGUUAGGAUGAACACAUGCUGUAAUCCAGAGAGCACAUAGUAAGCUGAUAACUCAAUGUUAAGCCUUAUCUUUGGUUAUGCCACUAUUUUGGGUUUAAUAAAAAAAAAAAAAACUUUAAAAAGACUUAAAUGUAAGAGAUGAAAUUAAAACAAUUAGAUAAGCAAACCUUCACAUAACUAUUAAGUUAAGUAAGAUAAAUCUGUUAAAAUUGCAAUACAAAAUGAUUGAUGUAAAACUACCAAAACAGAAAGAAAAUCAGCCACUAAAAUGUAGCAUUUCUGAGCAGGUAAAAAGAUAUGAAGAAAAAAACUUUUUUAGUGAAACAAAAUGCUCAUAUAUUUUAUUUGAACUCAUUCAGCUCAUAAACUUCGCCCCCUUCAAAACCUUUUUUUCUUACCCAUAAACUCAUCACAAAUAAAACAUCUUUAAACAGAAAUCACUGUUUUAUUUUUCUAUCUGGUUGAAGUUGUUACUCCGGCGUAAAUAAACAAAAAGUGAAACAGCAUGUUUCUUCAAAUCAAGUGAUUAACAUCAGUCCAAGCUUUUCUCAUAAAAGCAUCUUAAAGCCCCCAGGUAGUUUCACUUAAUGAAAGUAUCAGCACACUAUCAUCGUGGUAAUCUAAACUCAGCGGUGUUUGACAGACCUCUGAUGUGUUUAAGGCUAAUGUUUUCCUCCACAAUCUUCAGGAUCCCCUUCACACAGGCUCUGUUUUUUUUUCAACCGUUUUAACAGACACCAGAUUCCUGCUCAGGUACAGGAUGAAAGGAAAAGAAAGGGAGAGUGAAGAGAACAAGUGGAGAGACAUCUCUCUCUCUCUCUCUCUCUCUCUCUUUCCCUUUUUCUUCCUCUCUCUUUCUCUCUCUCUCUCCCCUGCAGCCUUGCCCUCUCUCUUCAGGAUCUUGUAUCGUGCAAUCAGGCCCCGCCGGGGCCCAGACAAGCAGGAACCUUUAGAUUGGAAACAGUUGUGAGGUAUUAGGAAGGUGUGUAUACCAGGGUUGGGGUCAGGCACACAGGCUUGUGUGUGUCAGCGCAUGCACGUGUGUACUGGUCUGCGUGUUUAGAGUAAGCUUUGGUUGCCUGUGUAGCAGCAGCAGUAUGAGCAGGGCACUGGUUUGAGUGCAUGUGUGUGAGGACAUGUGCGGAUUAGUAAACAGAAAUACAACAACAGAUGUUGUCUGUGAUUUUAUCUCUCCCACCUCCUGGUUUUUGUUUUUAAAGAGUUAUAAUUUUAAUUUUGCCAAAUGGCAGCCAGUGAGCCCUUCAAAAUCAAAUGACGACAUUCAGGAUCAGCGUUUAAAUGAAUGAAGGUUGAGGGAUGAGAUGUGAUGAGUUACAGAUUUAUAAUUCUGUGCUGUUGGCAGGAGGAAAUACACAUUUUUUUCAUCACCUUGACAACAGAUCAAGGUUUAGACAUUUUGAAUUAGCGUAAACUCAAACACAGAUCUAUAGCAGAUCUAUAAAUAAGAGGCACAUCAAGCAGGGAAUCACACAUGACUCUUUUAUCGUGCAAGAUCAGCUCAUCAAAAGUGCUACUGCACAUGCUGAAACACUAUUAAAGGCCACAUACAACAUCUUUACAUUACAAUAUCCAGACACACACAUGUGCAUGCAGCCCUCAGCCAUGUGCACACUGCAGGUGUUCCUAACAGCAUUAUAAUUAAAUCUCCAGUGGCGUCUGCAGCAGUCAGUGCUGCGGGUGGAAUGCCAAGGCCCCUACACGUGGAGCGGAGUGUCCUUGAAUGCAGCACGGGGGUUAUUACCUACCACUUUGCCUGCUCUG